AGGAGGAUACUACAAUGAUCUAACAAAAUAUUGGGUUAUUUGAAAGUCAUGAAUGUGUGUUCUCAGAUAAUCAGCUGACACUGACAAAUAUAGUUUCUGUUUCCGAGUGGUCGAAAUCAGUUUAUGUCUGCUUGAAUGAUAUGUACUUUGUGUAUUCACGUCCCAUAGACAGUCUGAUUUCUGGUUCCAUCGAAUAUAUGUAGUCGUGCGCGUGCAUUGUCGUCCGUAUUAUCUGUGAACAGUAAUAUAGUUUAGGGUAUGGUCAAUGAGGGACAUGUUGAUGUUAUGAUCUUUGUUAAGUAGCUGGCUUUGCUUGCAACACACGUUCUUGAACGCAGUUUGUGCUUUACAGUGCCCCUUGAUUGUAGUAUGCAGAUGUCAUGUGGAAUGUGCAUGUGACUUGUCCUGGAACUGGAACGCAUAUUUUGUUAUAUUAAUGGCGGCUAUAAUGCCAGAUUCUGACAGUGAAGAUGAGUUGCCGCCAGGAUGGGAGGAAAGAGCGACAGUGGAUGGUAGCGUCUAUUAUGUCAAUCAUGCAACCAAAGGAACCCAGUGGACACAUCCCAGGACUGGCAAGAAGAAGGUUGUGUCAGGAGACUUACCAUUUGGCUGGGAGAAGUGUGUGUCAGAAGAUGGGAAAGUCUUCUAUGUGGAUCAUGGCAACAGGCAAACAACUUACAGUGAUCCCCGCCUGGCAUUUGCUACUGAAGAAAAGGAAUAUGCCCAGGACUUCCGUCAGAGGUUUGAUGGCUCUACAAUGGCACUGCAAGUGUUGCAUGGUCGAGACCUUGCAGGCAAAGUGGCAGUUGUGUCGGGUGCCAGUACAGGCAUAGGAUUUGAGACAGCUCGUUCUCUGGCAUUGCACGGUUGCACUGUGGUGUUUGCUUGCCGAGAUCUCAUCAGAACACAGGCAGCCAUUGAUAGGAUCAAGGAUGAGAGAGCUAAUGUGAAAUGUGAUGUUAUUGAGCUGGACCUUGCAAGGCUGCGCAGUGUUAGGAUUUUUGCUGAACACUUCAAACUAAACUACAAGAAGUUGGACAUACUGGUGCUGAAUGCUGGUGUAUUUGGUCUUCCUUUCUCCCUCACACAUGAUGGUUAUGAAACUACAUUCCAGGUGAAUCACUUGAGCCACAUGUACAUGACCCUGCUUCUUGAACCUCAGCUGUGUCAAGGUUCAAGAGUGAUUGUCGUUUCUUCAGAAUCACAUAGGUUUGCUAAUUUGAGUGGUGAUACCCUCAGCCAGACAGCACUGUCACCAUCGUCUGCAACACAUUUCUGGUCCAUGAUGGCUUACAACAACUCUAAAUUGUGUAACAUUCUAUUUGGACUGGAACUUGCCAGAAUGUGGGAGAAAAAGGGGAUUAUUGUCAACACCAUCCAUCCUGGAAACAUGGUUAGCUCAAAUCUGAGUCGAAACUGGUGGUUAUACCGAUUUCUCUUUGCUAUUGUACGCCCAUUCACAAAAUCUUUGCAACAAGCAGCAAGCACAACCAUAUACUGUGCAACAGCGCCAGAGUUAGAUGGUGCCACAGGGCUUUACUUCAACAAUUGUUGCCGUUGUGAACCUAGUAAGGCGGCCCAAGACCCAGAGCUGGCUCAUGUCUUAUGGCAGCUAAGCACCAAAAUGAUUCAAGCAGUCAUUAACUCAGAAGAAGAUAUUAUUGCAGUUGAAAAUUAGCAUAUUGAGUACCAAGAGCACAUUACUCAAAAAAUUGUGUACAUUUCUGUAACAUCAUGUUUCUUAUUGUGUGUUUCCUUGUAAGAUAUGCCUUCUCUUUCUUUCCUGGUGUCUUAAUUCAGAAAGUGUGUGAAAAUAAUCUUGAGGGAUUAGGAUGAUUUGUAUAUCACAGCAACUUAGAACUGAACCCUGAUGAGGGGGUAUAGGACAAAAUACAGUCGAUUACAUUUCAUUUUGUUGCAGCUAUGAAAGUGAAAGCUGGGUUCACAAAUCCAAAAAAACACUAUAAGAAACAUAUCCAAAAUCUUUUAAUGUUGAAUAACGUUUAUAAAAUCACGGUACACUCGACGGAAACUGUAAGAUGUAGGGUAACGCUGGUGUGUAACUUCUUCAAACGCCAAUAACUCGAGACCUAUCUAAGAUAGAGAAAUUAAAGAUUAAAUAAAUGGCUUUUUCUACAUGAUGUUUACUUUAUUCCAUAAUGCAUAUUUUACACAUUAUUGAAAUAAUUACCCAAAACAUGUAAUAACUAUACCCUCGUUACUUAACUUCAACUGCUUGCCACAUCUAAAGCGUAAGAGUUAGAUCUGGACAUAUUGCGAGUGAAAUACGUAAAUAAACAGAAGCUUUGCAAAUUUGCAAACAGAUAUCAGCUAACUCCUAUGGUUUAGGAGUUUUAGCCAUUUAUUUGGUAACAGAACGGUUCUAUAGUGAGUGUGUUGAGUACAUGACGCAACACAUAGAUAAGCUGUCGGCGUAUGACGUCACAUAUAAAUAAUAUGUAAAGGUAUACAUUAAUGUGUAAAUAAAAUUUUGUUUCAGUACAAAUAUACUUCUACAGUUAAACGUUAUUCAAUGUUAACUGGGGAACCGUGGUUCCACUGUCAAUUUUUUAUAUAUUUAUGAUAUGCUUAUAAAGUAUACAUAAUAGGCUGUUUGAAUCAAACAAAAGUUUGUACCAUUUUACAGUUCAUCUUCAGACAAACUCCAGAGUUAUUCUUCAUCUGUACUCGUGUAAUCCAAACUCUGUGCUGAGUGAAGAAUCAUGCUGUUGAUUGCUUCAUCCAAUAAACAGUCUCAUUACCAAAAUUUUUUUGUCUUCAUCAUAUGGGAGCAGCAGCUUUGCCAUUUUUCUUUUGUGUGUUCAGCUAAUACUUCUGAACAAAACAUGUGUUUGGCCUUCUAAUUCAUAGACAUGCAUUCUUCCUUUAUCUCACUAUGAAGAAGAAACAGAAAUUGUAAUCAGUGGAAAGUACCCUUACUGAUAAAAUGUGGUUGUUACUUUUACUGUAAUUCCUAUGCUAUUAUAACACAAUUUAAAACUAAAAAUGUUAAUUUUUCUGUAACAAAAAUGACUGCAUUUAUUUUGUUUCUGAAAUGCCACCAUUUGUAACGUUAUCAGCUUCUCAGCCAGAAAUGGACAAAUCACUAUCAUUGUUAGGAAUCGACGAUACAAUUAAAGAGAAUUAAAGUGAUUCACUGCAUCUCCCUCCAUACCACCUCAAUUUGUAUCCUAUCAGACUGGUUUAGGAGACAAACAUGGAGUUGCACAAGACAAGGACUGUAUUAUACCCUCACACCAAACACAGACCAGCAGUGAAUCACUUCCCAAAGUAGAUAAAGGCAUACCUCGUUUUAUUGAGCUUCGCUUUAUUGCGCUUCGCAGAUAUUGCGUUUUUUACAAAUUGAAGGUUUGUGGCAAGUCUAUCAGCGCCAUUUUUCCAACAGCAUGUGCACACUUCAUGUCACUGUCACAUUUUGGUAAUUCUUGCAAUAUUUCAAACUUUUUCACCACCACCCUGAUCAGUCAGCAGCCAUCGAGGCAAGACCCUCCAUCAGCAAAAAGAUUAUGACUUGCUGAAGGCUCAGAUGAUGGUUAGCAUUUUUUAGCAAUAAAGUAUUUUUGAUAAAGGCA